AUGCCCCCUUCUGGGCGGAGGAUGGGCGAAGAGCUCCAGGAGCCUGGGGCUCCGGUCCGGAAGCGGCGUCUGCUCCCCGGGAGGACAGGGUCACCUCGUGGGUGGCCGGGUGGCGGCAGAGGCACCAGAGCGCAGCGCUCUCUGCUCGGGCUCUUCGUGCACGCGUGGCUGUGGGCGUCGUCGGGCUCCUUUGCCCAGGUAUUCAACCUCAGCCUUUCCGUAGACGAGGGGCUUCCCCCCGACACGCUGGUCGGUGACAUUCGCGCUGGGCUCCCAGCCGCGCAGCAGCAGGACGGGGAUGGCUUCUUUCUGUCCGAGGACACAGAUGACUCCCCGCUGCUGGACGACUUCCACGUGCACCCGGACACCGGCAUUAUCCGCACCGCGCGGUGCCUGGAUCGCGAGCGGCGCGAUCACUACAGCUUCGUGGCUGCCACGCUGUUGGGCGCCGUGGUGCAGGUGGAGAUCCGCGUCAACGACGUGAACGACCAUUCGCCCCGCUUCCCCCGCGACUCCCUGCAACUCGACGUCUCGGAGCUCAGUCCUCCAGGUACUGCCUUCCGCCUUCCAGGUGCCCACGACCCAGACGCCGGGUUGUUCAGCACGCAAGGCUACACCUUGGUGCAGCCGUCUGACCUGCCCGAGGACCCCGAGGGACCGUUCUUCCAGUUGCGCUACAGGACUCCAGGGCCACCACCAUCGUCGCCUCUGGAGCCCUUAGACUUGGUACUGCUGCGACGGUUGGACCGAGAGGCGGCGGAGGCUCAUGAGCUGCAGAUUGAAGCGUGGGACGGCGGCAGUCCGCGGCGCACUGGCAGCCUGCGCGUGCAGCUGCGCGUGCUGGAUGAGAAUGACAACAUGCCAGUGUUUGAGCAGAGCGAGUACCGCGCUGCAGUACGUGAGGACGCCCCGCUGGGCGCCGAGGUGUGUCGCGUGCUGGCCACCGACCGCGACCUGGGGCCCAAUGGCCUCGUGCGCUACCGCAUCCGCGCGCGCCAAGGGCCUGGGGCGGGUGCAGGCGGCGGGCCACUGGGUGACGCAGAUCACUUUGCGGUGGAGGAGCUCAGCGGCGUGGUGAGAGUGAACAGACCUCUAGAUCGGGAGCAGCAGGCCUGGCACCAGCUGGUCGUCGAGGCCCGCGACGGAGGCACGGAGCCCGAGGUCGCCACGGUGCGCGUGUCCAUCGCUGUGCUGGACGUGAAUGACAACCGGCCCGUCAUUCACCUCCUGUUUCUCACCGAGGGAAACUCGGCCGGUGUCUCCGAGGGAGCCCGGCCAGGUGACUACGUAGCUCGCGUCUCGGUGUCAGAUGCAGACGGUGAACCAGAGCAGGAAGAGGAGGCCGCCGGGGAGUUUGGUGUGGGCCUUGGAGGCGGAAGCAUCUCGUUGUCCCUGGAGGGCGGGGAGGGAGCCUUCGCGCUGCGGCCCGGGGGCCCUCCAGGAGUGUUUUUCCUGUGCGUCGAGGGGCCUCUGGACAGGGAAAGCCGUGAUCUAUAUGAGUUGCGACUGGUGGCCAUGGACGCGGGAUUCCCACCCUUGAGCACCGAAGAGACACUGCUGCUCCGGGUCGCUGACCUCAAUGACCAGCCGCCGGUCUUCAGCCAGGAGCUUUACCGGGCCUCGGUGUCCGAGGCCGCGGCCCCUGGGACCACAGUCGUAUGGGUCCGUGCCGUCGAUGCUGAUGAGGCGGGCACUGAUCACGCCCGGCUGCGCUACACGCUGGUCCAGCUCUGGGCUAGCUGCAACCCGGAGGCUCUGCCACCCACAGCAGAGUGCGGACCCUCUUUCACCAUCAAUCCCGAAAGCGGUGUGAUCAGCACCAUUCGAACUCUAGACCGAGAGGUCCAGGAGGCGGUGGAGCUGAGAGUGGUGGCCCAGGACCUCGGAGAACCCCCGCUCUCUGCCACCUGCCUCGUAAGCAUUACUGUGGAUGACGUGAAUGACAACGAACCCAUCUUCCGGAGGCAGGUGUACAAUGUCACCCUGGCAGAGCAUGCCCCAGUUGGACACUGCUUUCUGCAGGUGAACCUACUGUCUCCUCAGCCUCUUUUUUUCAAAAUCAAACAAAAACAAAAUGAGAAGCAACAGGAAAAAUU